AUGGCACACACUAAAAGCCAUAACAACAAUCUCGCGACCAACAGUACUACACAAGGUGCUUGGUCCGAACAGGAAAUUGCGCGUCUUUGUGAGCUAUACAAUAAAUUCCCCCACCAAUGGGCGGAACUUGCUCGACGAUUUGACACCAGAAAUCCGAAGCAGUGCAGGGACAAGUAA